GCGCUGCACCUGAAGCCGACAGGAAACAGCAGAAGAAGAACGAGAAGGCGCCCCCUGCUGGAUGUUAGCAGUUGUUGACAUGAAGAGCGAAGAGAGUAUCAAUGGAGGAGACAAACUGGGAAUAAAACAUUAUUUCAGACCCACUAAGCUGUAACCAGUGGAGGAGGGCGGAGCUUCCCAGCGGCCAUGAUGGAGGACACAGAGCCGGAGCUUUCCCCCGCCCCCUCUGAUCAGAACAGCCCCUCCCCCUCCAUCUCCUCCUCCCCGUCCCUGUCCCUCCCCUCCACCCCCUCGUCCUCCUGCGGCCCCCCCCAGGCCGUCACUCCUCCUCUGGGUGUCAUCAGUGAGGGCGUUGGGGAGCUCAGCCUGGUGAUCGAUGCUGAGGUGGCCCACCGGGCGUGUCAGGAAGUCCUGCAGAAGGUGAAGCUGAAGCAGGUGGACGGUGAUGUCACCGGCCAACAGAACGGGGAGGGGGCUGACCCGGAGCCCCCCGCCGCCGCUCUGAACGCAGCAGCGAAACCUUUGAAGAUCCGCGAAGACGAGAACGACCCCGAGGGCCCGGCCCCCGGCUCGGUGAAGAGCGCCCGGCGGCGGCAGAGACACAAUCCCUCCAAACAGUCUUGGCUGCUCCGCCUGUUCGAGUCCAAGCUGUUCGACGUUUCCAUGGCGAUCUCCUACCUGCAUAACUCGAAGGAGCCCGGCGUCCAGGCGUACAUCGGAAACCGGCUGUUCAGUUUCCCCCACGAGGAGGUGGACUUCUUCCUGCCGCAGCUGCUCAACAUGUACAUCCACAUGGACGAGGACGUCGGGGACGCCAUCAAGCCAUACGUGGUUCACCGCUGCAGACAGAGCAUCUCCUUCAGCCUGCAGUGCGCCUGGCUGCUGGGCGCUUACUCCUCUGACAUGCACAUCUCCACCCAGCGGCACUCUCGAGGAACCAAACUACGGAAACUCAUCCUGUCUGACGAACUCAAGCCUGCGGGGCCUCGAGCUCGCAGAGAACCCCUGACUCUGAUGCCUUUCUGUCCCGUGACGCCCCCCGCCGCCGGCCCCGGGCCCCUGGGAGGAGAGCACAGCCUGUCGCCCUCCAAACGCACACAUCAGCGCUCCAAAUCGGACGCUACAGUCAGCAUCAGCCUGAGCAGCAACCUGAAGAGAACGGCCAGCAACCCGAAGGUGGAGAGCAGCCAGGACGAGGACAGCAGCUCCAGCUCCGACAGUCUGGAGUACGAGACUCGUCCCCCGGUGCGUCUGGCUCCUCAGAGGGAGUUCAUUAAGUCUCUGAUGGGGAUCGGGAAGCGUCUGGCCACGCUGCCCACCAAAGAGCAGAAGACCCAGCGGCUGAUCUCAGAGCUGUCGCUGCUCAACCACAAGCUGCCGGCUCGCGUCUGGCUGCCCACCGCCGCCUUCGACCACCACGUGGUCCGAGUGCCGCACACGCAGGCCGUGGUGUUGAACUCCAAAGACAAGGCUCCGUACCUGAUCUACGUGGAGGUUCUGGAGUGCGAGAACUUCGAGACGUCCAAUGUUCCGAUCCGGAUCCCGGAGAACCGGAUCAGGAGCACUCGUUCUGUGGAGAACCUGCCGGACUGCGGCAUGACAGCGGAGCAGAGAGCCGGCAGCUUCUCCACGGUCCCCAACUACGACAACGACGACGAGGCCUGGUCUGUGGACGACAUCGGAGAGCUGCAGGUGGAGCUCCCAGAGAUCCACACCAGCAGCUGUGAUAACAUCAGUCAGUUCUCGGUGGACAGCAUCACCAGUCUGGAGAGCAAAGAGCCGGUGUUCAUCGCUGCCGGAGACAUCAGGCGGCGUCUGUCGGAGCAGCUGGCUCAGGCCCCCACCACCUUUAAACGGGACCCCGAGGACCCGUCAGCUGUGGCCCUGAAGGAGCCCUGGGAGGAGAAGGUCCGGAGGAUCAGAGAAGGAUCUCCUUACGGUCACUUUCCUAACUGGAGGCUGCUGUCUGUUAUUGUUAAAUGUGGAGACGACCUGAGACAGGAGCUGCUCGCCUUCCAGGUGCUGCAGCAGCUCAAGUCCAUCUGGGAGCAGGAGCACGUCCCCCUCUGGAUAAAGCCCUACAAGAUCCUGGUGUUGUCGUCGGACAGCGGGAUGAUUGAGCCCGUGAUGAACGCCGUGUCCCUCCACCAGGUGAAGAAACAGAGCCAGCUGUCUCUGCUCGACUACUUCCUGCAGGAACACGGAGCUCCGACCACCGAGGCCUUCCUGUCCGCUCAGCGGAACUUCGUGCAGAGCUGCGCCGGAUACAGCCUCAUCUGUUACCUGCUGCAGGUCAAAGACAGGCACAACGGGAACAUCCUAUUGGACGCUGAGGGUCACAUCAUCCACAUCGACUUCGGCUUCAUCCUGUCCAGUUCUCCCAAGAACCUCGGCUUCGAAACAUCUGCCUUCAAACUCACCACAGAGUUCGUGGACGUGAUGGGCGGUCCGGACGGCGACAUGUUUAACUACUACAAGAUGUUGAUGCUUCAGGGUCUGAUAGCAGCCAGGAAACACAUGGACAGAGUCCUGCAGAUAGUGGAGAUCAUGCAGCAAGGCACCCAGCUGCCCUGCUUCCACGGCUCCAGCACCUUGCGAGGCCUGAAGGAGCGUUUCCACAUGAGUCUGACGGAGGAGCAGCUGCAGCUGCUGGUGGACCAGCUGGUGGACGGGUCCAUGAGGUCUCUCACCACCAAACUGUACGACGGCUUCCAGUACCUCACCAACGGCAUCAUGUGACCCGCAUCACGUGACCCAGCCUGUGUGUGUGUGUGUGUGUGUGUGUGUGUGUGCGCGAGCAGCCGUGAACAAACGCAGACUGUCGACGGGCCGAGGAGGCUGAUGAUCUCGCCUGCAGCGACGGCGAGCCGCUCUGUCUUCUUCUUCUCUUCUUUCUCUUAUUCCAGUUUCUUCUUCUCUCUCUCCGUCAGUUCAGUCUUUUUCUUGUUUUGUCGUCUUUUCUUUGGACGAAUCUUCUGUUUUCUGUUUGUCUUGUUUGGUUUCAGCUCUUCUUCUUUUUCCAUAUUUGGGCAGACGUCCCUGAUUGGCUGCUCAGCCGGACUCUUAGCCAAUCAGAGAGCAGCCCAGUUUUAGUUUGAAAUGUGAACACUCAGCAGGUGGACAGUUUUUACAGGUAGAAAGCAGGAAACCGAAGGAAACAAGGCGGCGUUCAGAGUCCGUCACCAUAGAAACCGAAGCUGAUGACUCUCCAGGACCAUCCCGGUGUUUUUCAUGUUUUAACUAACCAGCUGUAAACCAGUUUGACCCAUUAAAACAAACCAGUGCGACCUGCA